CGGGGCGGCCGUCUGCCUCAAAACCUAACGGGCACCGCAGGGCGGCCCUGGAAUAUUUUCGAUAUGGACUUGUUAGACAGACGCUGUGAGGAAAUAAGAAAUGACUAUCGUUAUCGCUCGGCAACUAUUUGUGCCUUUCAAUGCGACUGUUUUCAGUUUGUAAACAAACCAAACCAGGCGGACUGUUGUGAAAAUGAAAGUUAGGGAAACCCGUCGAGACUGAGAGCAUUCACUAAUUUGCUCUGCGCCUACGAUAGCUAGCCAGCUUGCUAGCUAAUAACAGAUGGGUUUGUGGUGCCAGUAUUGCUGCCCUGCUAGUCAAGUACUGUGGGAGUGAACGGAACGGAGGGAACGAUUGGGUAAAGGCGGAAGACGGAGCAUCAGAAGACCGUAUCUAAGAUGUUUGGAGGAUACUGUAGUUGCGACAGCUGUUCGUGCAGGAUUCUCGGAUAAGCACACCUACAAGUUUUGGAUACCAGACGCCAUCUGCAUGGAGCAAGUCUUGAUUUACAAUUCAGACUUCAGGAAAUAGAAACAGCAUCCGUCACACGCAAAACCCACAAAGAGACACUGCCGUUGACUCAGGAUGGCGAGCAGAAGGAAGUCCACCACGCCUUGCAUGGUGCCUCCUCAAGAGCACGUGGACUCCGACCCCGACAUGGAAGUAGUCGCCGAGGGAACGGAUGAGGGGGAGGACUCGGUGCUCUCCCCUGAGAACAAGCCCAGUGAGGACGACAGACAGGCGCUGGACCACUACAUCAACACCAUGGACUCCACCACCGCAGAGGGAGGCUACGAGUGCAAGUACUGCAGCUUCCAGACGUCCGAGCUCAACCUGUUCACGCUGCACGUCGACAACGAGCACCCCAACAUCGUCCUGAACUCGUCCUACGUGUGCGUGGAGUGCGACUUCCACACCAAGCGCUAUGACGCGCUCCUGGAGCACAACGCCCGGCACCACCCGGGCGAGGACAACUUCACGCGCACCAUGGUGAAGCGAAACAACCAGACCAUAUUCGAGCAGACGGUCAACGACCUGACGUUCGACGGCAGUUUUGUGAAGGUGGAGGACGAGGAGGAGACCUCCUGCAAGGGGAUCGCCCUCAGCAAGACCCCCAUCAUGAGGAUCAAGAGCAAAGCCGAACCCAAGAAGUUCACGGCGGCUCAGCACAAGAUGGCCGCCGACGUCAUCAAAGUGGAGAGCGACGAGGAGCAGGAAAUCAAGGAGGUCGUGGCUGUCUCCGCCCCGCUCGUCGUGGCGACGGCUCCUAGGGUUGUGUCCGUGUCGUCCCCAACCGCCGUGCACCACGUCCAGCCGGUCCAACAAAGCAUCAUGGUCAACAGCCCCAACGUGCUCCAGAUCAAGAGCAGCUCCAACUCGGCACACAUGCUGCCUCCAGGCACUCUGGCCCAGGUCCUGUCUGCCCUCCAGAACCAGCAGAACCACCAGGCGCAGACCCACACCCACCAGCUCCUCAUCCCGCUCAGCAGCAUCCCCACGUACAACGCAGCCAUGGACAACAACGUCCUUCUGGUGAGCGCCUACAAUCGCUUCCCCUACCCCUCCGUGUCCGAGAUCAUGGGGCUCUCGGCCCAGACCAAGUUCAGCGAGGAGCAGGUCAAGGUGUGGUUCUCAGCCCAGAGGCUGAAGCACGGCGUGAGCUGGACCCCCGAGGAGGUGGAGGAGGCCAGGAAGAAGAAGUUUAACGGCACUGUCCAGGCUGUUCCCCAGACCAUCACCGUAAUCCCGGCCAACCUCGCCACCACCGCUAACGGGCUGCAGUCCAUCUUCCAGACAUGCCAGAUUGUCGGACAGCCUGGGCUGGUCCUGACCCAGGUAGGAGGGGGGAGUACGGUCCCUGUGGCCUCCCCCAUCACGCUGACCGUAGCCGGGGUGCCCAGCCAGCAGGCCAAGACCGCCGAAACAACAACCUCUUCCGAGACUGCCACUCACAGUCCUGACCCGCAGGGGACCAAACCUAAGAAGUCCAAGGAGCAGCUCGCCGAGCUAAAGGCCAGCUACACACGGAGGCAGUUUGCCACGGAGGCGGAGAUCUCGCGCCUCAUGCGGGUGACCAACCUCACCAAGAGAGCAAUAAAGAAGUGGUUUAGCGACACGCGCUACAACCAGCGCAACUCCAAAGACCACCACGGCGCUCCGCUGAGCGACGCGUCCCUCGCGGCGACCAUGGCCGCCGACUACAGCAACCUCCUCGACGAGGGCGGCCUGCCCUCGGCCCCCAACGCCACCAUCGUCAUCGACUCCAGCGACGACACCAGCGACUCCUCCCCGACCUCCGCCGGCCUCGCGUCCAGCGACCCCAGGAUCAAGUUCAGACACGCCUUCCCGGACUUCACGCCGCAGAAGUUCAAGGAGAAGACGCCCGAGCAGCUGCUGGUCCUGGAGGCCAGCUACCAGACGUCCGACACGCCCUCAGACGAAGAGCUGAGUCGGCUGAGGUCCGAGACCAAGCUGACCAGGCGGGAGGUGGACGCCUGGUUCACCGAGAGGAGGAAGAUGCCGGCCGACCACAAAGACGCCGCCGCGGACCUCAAGACGGAUGCCGAGGGCGGCGAGAAAGCCAAAGCUGCCUCGUCCGGUCCGGACGCUCCGAGUCGAGCCCACACGCCGCCCGCCAACAGGAAGAUCGUGAAGAAGACCCCGGAGCAGCUCCACGUGUUGAAGAGCGCCUUCGUCCGAACGCAGUGGCCCACCGCAGAGGAGUACGACAAGAUGGCAACAGAGACUGGCCUCCCCCGCACCUACAUCGUCAACUGGUUCGGGGACACUCGCUACGCCUGCAAGAACAGCCACCUGAAGUGGUACUACCUGUACCAGAGCGGCAAGGUGGACGAGCCGAUGAACGGCGGUGGGAAGCACAAGAAACCCAGGAAACGUUUCCGCGGGUGGUCGAGGAGGUCCCGGAGGCCGUACCCCUGCAAGCGCUCGUAUCCCGCCAUCGAGGCAAAGAAGGGGCAGGAGUUCCUGAGGGAGCACUAUUUGAAACACAAGGUGCUGAACGAGAAGGACCUGGAUGACCUGGUGUCCAAGUCGAGCAUGAGCUACCAGCAGGUGAGGGACUGGUUCUCUGAGGUCAGGGGACGGGUGGAGAAGGGGAUGGAGCCCUUCAGCGAGGGAGAGGCAGAGAAGGAGGAGGUGGAGAGGCAGGCGGAAAGCGAGGGAGAGAUGGAAGUGAAGGAACAAGGGGAGGAGGGAAGUGAUGAAGAUGUUCCCCAUGACGAAGAGGAGGAGGAGGAGGAUGAUGAUGAACACCAUGGAGAUGAACACAAUGAUGAUGAUGAUGAUGAUAAUGAUGAUGAACACCAACACGGUGGCGUCCAUCUCGAUGAAGAUGGGGGUGAUGAUGAUGAUAAUAAUAAUAAUAAUGAUGAUAAUGACGAUGAGGAUGGAAAGCAGAAAGAGCAGAAGAUGGAAAGGGAAGCCAGUAACGGCAAACCCGCAGAAGUGCAGCCUCAACCAGUCAACCCACCAGAGAAAGCAGAAGAGCAGUGAUGGAGGAACGAAGCCGAGUUCUUGUGUGCUGGGCAGUGAAAAGAUGAAGGACGUGGAUGAUACUACAGGGGUUUGGUGGGCAACCUCAAGGACCAACAACGCAAACAAGCAAAGGAUGUAUAGUAUGCCAAAUAAAUUCACCAAGGGAUGAAAUAUCAUGUUUUACCUGGGCUCUGUUAAAUAAAAACGAGGCUCGUUUGGUCUUCUGGGACAUUUUUACAGCAACGUUUUACUAGGACCUUGCUACUUUCCAGCAGGUCCGACACAUUUCUAUGAGGUAAAACCUCUCGUUUGUUUUCCUUGGAGGUUAUACAAUAACUUUACGACCUUUCUAGAUCAUGAAAAUGUAUCCGGGUUGAAAAGAGAGACCUGUGUUCCAAAUGUUGUGUUUUUUACUUCAUGAUGAAUUGGUUUCGGAAAACACUCAAUGUUUUUGUGAAUAAUACUUAAAAUCUGUGCCAUUUGUUUUAACUUGCAUUUUAAACUGAACCAGUGCUGGAACUUUGCGUAAUUGUUUUUUA